GGGGACUCUUUGUUGACAUGAUCAUCAUCAGCAGACAUACAUACAUGGGUCCGUCCAAUUCACUUGACAAACGCUCUCAUCCUCCCUGUCUGCCCCCAGCCCGUUCGGCACGGCACGGCACGCGUCCACACAUCCAUACAUCCAUCCAUCCAUACGCCACUCCGUCACCAAACUUAUUGGUCGAAUCGACUUCUGUUCACUGGCCGCAAAAACUCGAAAACUCUGACUGACACCAAGUGUCGCGUCUGCCUGCCUCUAACCUGCCCGUCUGUCUUUGUCGCUGUUCCUCUUUCUCUCUGCUGUCUUUGUCUGUGUCAGUCUCAUCAACUGACUGAUCGAGUGACUGACGGACGGAAAAAACACCCACCACACAUGAAUGAAUGUCGAACCGCUUGAUGGCUGGCUGGCCCGGCGGCUCAGAGUUUGGACAUGACCACAUUGGCGAAUGCGUCAUCGCCCUCUCCGAUCCACUCGACCCGCCCGCCGGGGGCGAUGAUCAUGGCGUAGCGCUUCGAACGGGUCCCCAGGAAAUUGCCAGACGCGUCCAUCUCCAUACCUAUCGCCUGGUGGGUGGACCACACACACACACAAGAUAAUACAGACAUACAGACAGACAGAGUGUUCUCAUGUGUGUGUGUGUGUGUGUGUGUGUGUGGUAUGGAUGCGUGAAUAUGCAUAUAUACCAACCUUGGUGAACUCGCCGUUGCCAUCCGAGAUCAUGGUGACGGCCGAGGUGGGCGCGUUGACGGUCUUGGCCCAGGCGUCCAGCACGAAUGGAUCGUUGACGGCCACACAGCCGACGAAGGGUGCCUUGCCCUUGAUGGCCGCCGACUGCUCCACAAAACCAGGCAAAUGCUUCUCACUGCAAGUCGGCGUGAAAGCACCUGCAAUCAUCGCACGAUAAAAGGGGGCAGUGCAGCGUCGCAAUGGCAUUGAUUGAGUGCCUGGCUCGUGUGUCCUACCCACCCGGUACGGCAAAGAGCACUCCGCGCUGGUUGGCGAAGAGAUCCAGGAUGCCUCUCACCUCACCCGCCACUUUCACCGACACGUUCGGCAGAGUGUCGCCUACACGCACUCAAACAUAACUGCCAUGCAGUGGUGGUCGCUUGCUGGGCUUCGCUCUUGACCUACCCACGGCAAUCAUGGUGAUGCGGUGCGGCGCCCGGAGGCGGCCGACAGGAGCGCGGGCAACAAAGCCGUUGCAGAUGGUGCAGAUCGAGAGAAGCACGAGCGCUCCGAACGACUUCAUUUCCAAAAGCCGGCUGCGCAAAAUCGGUUCC